CACCACACUUUAAUGUUAUCUUUGUUUUGAGCUGCACACGCUUUCUGCCGAAAAACUGAAAAAUUGUAGUUUUCAACGCGAUACUUCAAGUAAUCUUCAUCCCCUAUUGCGCUUCUGCGGUGCCGUUAAUUGUGCGGUGAAAAAAAUCAGUGUAAUUAUUCUCAUACGAACAUAUUAAGUGAAAAGCAAGCCAUCAAAAACUGCAAAACGGUUAGAACCUUAUCCAGCAAGCAACACCAUCAUCAUAUUUAACUUCAAAAUGGAGGAAAGUAAAGUAAAGAUUGCUGAAAUCAAUUUGUCUGAUGAUCCAGCAGUCACGCUUACAAUUCGACUCAUCAUGCAAGGCAAGGAAGUCGGAAGUAUCAUCGGAAAAAAGGGAGAAAUCGUAAAGCGAUUCAGGGAAGAGUCUGGCGCCAAAAUAAACAUAUCAGACUGCUCAUGCCCAGAGAGAAUUGUCACUGUUUCCGGGUCAAGAAGUGCUAUCUAUAAAGCUUUCACACUUAUAACGAAGAAAUUUGAAGAGUGGUGUUCACAGUUUCAAGACAAUACAACUGCACAGGGUAAAUCACAAAUUCCAAUACGAUUGAUUGUCCCAGCUAGUCAAUGUGGCUCGUUGAUCGGCAAAGGUGGUUCAAAAAUCAAAGAAAUUCGUGAAAUCACCGGGUGCUCAAUCCAAGUUGCUAGUGAAAUGUUGCCAAAUUCAACGGAGCGCGCUGUUACGCUUAGUGGUUCGGCAGAAUCGAUAACACAAUGUAUAUAUCACAUAUGUUGUGUCAUGCUAGAGUCACCACCGAAGGGCGCCACAAUUCCAUAUCGACCGAAGCCGCAGGUAAAUGGACCGGUUAUAGUGGCAAAUGGACAAGCAUACACAAUUCAGGGUAACUACGCAGUACCAGCUCAAGAGACCUGCACAGUUUUCCCACUAGCCAUUUCUGGUGGCUUGCAUGCGGGCAUCUCCGGUUUAGCUGAUCCAUUACUAAAAGGAACACAUCUACAGGGAGCGAUACCUCCACAUCAUCUACAACCGAUACCUGAUGUUUCAGGAAUCGCAAAAAAUCCACUGGCGGGGUUGGCCGCUCUUGGAUUGGCAGGUGCGAUUCCUACCAACACUGGUGGUCUUAAUCCAACUGCUCUUGCCGCUUUGGCCGGUUCUCAACUGCGAACCAACACCAACCGCAACGUAGCUACUCAAGUUCAGUCACAAUCACAUGAAAUGACCGUGCCGAAUGAUCUGAUAGGAUGCAUCAUCGGCAAGGGUGGAACUAAAAUUGCUGAAAUUCGCCAGAUUUCGGGCGCCAUGAUACGCAUUUCAAACUGCGAGGAGCGUGACAGUGGAAACACGGAUCGAACUAUCACUAUCACUGGUAAUCCUGAUUCAGUUGCGCUCGCUCAGUAUCUUAUAAAUAUGAGCUUUAGAAGUGGAGAUGGUGGUAGCAAUGGCAGUAGUGGCAGCAAUAUUAUUCGGCCAAUGGGUCCCGCAAUGACUGCCGGAUUACGCAAUGGUUCUAUUGGCAAUGCAACUAUAGCAGCAGGACCACCGAAUGCUGCAGCAGGAAUCGCCUACAACGGUAUGACAACAACGGCGGCUGUUGGUCCAGUAACUACAUUUCCUUUCUUAAGAUACGGUCUGAACUUAGAAAGAAAAUAGUUUAUCAAACGCCAAACAUUUUAAAUUAAAGCGAACAUCAGAUACGGGUGGCUAUGCGAAGAUUUCCAAAUAAUAUCAAUCGCGAAUAAUAAAUACGUAAAUGGGGCAAAAAUAAAUUGCAAGUGUAGUGACAUAACAAUGAAGCUGAUGUCGUACAGUUCCAAAAUAUGUCCAUCCAAGUACAAAAUCGAACAUGGAUAAAAAUUCUGAAAUUUUUUUUUAAGAUCUGAACUACAUCAAAACAGAUCUGAGAGAAGAAGAAAGUUUUGCGUAAAGAACAGCCAAAAAUAUUUUGGUUUUCAAUUUCGAAUUCAUGCAUGUCAAGCAUAUAUUUCGCCGAAAAAUUGAAAAAAUUUAAAACCUGUGUCUCAAGACCGUAGAUGACCUAGACCGAACAACACGACAAAGACAGAUUUUGUCAGAUUUCACAGGGUCCAAUUACGAAUCGCUACAGCACCAUCUAUUUAGUAUAGUGUUCAGAUCAGUGUUUAGUCUAGUUUCAGUGUUUUAGUGUGUUUGGUACGCUGUGCCACGUGUUUGAAGUUCAAUGCGAGGUUACACGUUUUAGAAUUUAACGAUAGACGAUAAUUUUGCUUUGCUUUGAUACAGGCACUUGAAAUAAGAGAUGAUUGACUAUGAUCGGAUGAAACAUCAAUCUAAAUAUUAUAAUUAAUACAUCAGCCGAUUUAAUUUCUUUGUAUUUCAAUUCAAAAUAGACAUUUUGUUAUUGCUCUAGCAGAUAAGUUCACAGAGACAGAUGUGCUGUUAUGAGCGAAUAUUAAUAUAAGGUAAAAUACAUAAUGAAAAACGCGGAAGUAUACGAUGGUUCAACUAGCAAAAAUUCAAAGGCGAAAUUCUGUUGUGUCAAUCAGUGAUGUUCAGCAAAAUGUUGAGCCAGUACUAAACUGACCAACAACACAAAAAUCAAUACAUAUUAUUAAACAUAUCGUGUGCCACAUGAUAAACAUUGUUUCGAAUAUAAUCACCGUUGUUUCGAAUAAGACAAAAAUAUCAAUUAAAUAAAUUAAACUCGGCUAAGUAUGAGUGAGCUCGUUUACGGGACACUGGGCAUAGUUCACAAUCAAUAUAAUUUCACAUCUGCUAUUGUGUAAAAGCAUUUUGAUUUAACGGUGGUCUCUUGUUUGUGAAUUGUAUAUGCCAAAUGUAUAAUUGUCCAUCGAUCAUUGCUUUGAUUAUGCUUCUGCCAUGUUUUGUUGUAAGAUAAUUCAUAGACAUAGGAGCACACAAAUUAUUUGUUUGAAUAUGAAUUUCUUUAGAUAAUUCUCUGAGAUUAUUAGAGGGAACAUACCCUGUUCUUCUGAGGAUGAAAACAAAAAGACACACGUAGAGUUUUACGCCGAACUGAAUCAUGGUUUUCAACCAACGUUACUAUUACACUUCCAAGUAGCGGACAUGUAAAAUUCGGGAUUUUUGUUACAUAAAUGAAAAAAAAAACUGAAACGUAAGUGCCAAACAUAAUGUAAUCGAUUUAGUCAAUAGAAAAAAAGGGUUGAUUUCAGCGAAACCAUCAUUGCGACAUGGUCAUUAAAAGAUAUGUAGGUCGAAUGUCAAAUUUGCAUACAUUAUAUUAUUUUCAGUUCAAAUGUAUAAUUAAAAAACGCCCACUUCCGAAAAGAUGGCAGUUUUCAAUCAAUGCCAAUUCCCAGAAUUAACAUGCAAAAAAAUUGAAGGUAAUCUUACAAUUUAAUACUUUUAGAAAAAGUGUCAUCAGCAGUUUACUGCUAAGUAAUAAUAGUCCAAUGUUAUUUGGGUUUUCAUCGUAUGACGAUGGCUAGGAACAUCAAUUUUUUUUUUAUAAACCAGUAACAAUUUAAACUAUCGUUUUUAAUUCAACGGUCAAUACUAAAUGAUAUUCAGUAUGUAAUAUACACAUACGGGCUAAAAUGCCUCUGUUGGUCUAUAGAAUUCAGUCUUAAAUCGGAUUUAAAUUUAUAUUUUCAUUGACAUUAUUUAAUCUUAGCGCAUGCUGUUAGUCAAAAAUUGGCGUCAUUUAAUACUGUUUUCAAACAGUUUUAAAUAAUUCUUUGCUCUUGAUUAAGAGUAGAUAACCAAUAGUGGCUUUUAAAUAAAAUCUCUGCCCUUAUAUUCACCAACAUUUACUCCUACAAACUUGAGCAUACUUUUCAAUAUAUUUUUUCAGAGCUACAAUAUAAUUUAUAGAUUGCUUGUAUCGGAUUACAAGUAAUGAUAUUUCACACAGUAUCAAUUAUAUUGUGGAUAGUUUGCCACUUUCGAAAACACGAAUGAAACAACUGAGUAUAGAAUAUAGUUUAAACAAAAUAUUAUAUCAUAGUUUAUGGCAGUCAUUUUGCAAUAAUACGUUUUCAAAUAAAUCUCCAGAGAACUUUGCCAUUUAUUGAGCAUAAAAAGACAAUGUUGAAGAGAAGCUCCGAACAUAGAAAACGAUGUAUGCACAAUAGUAAAGCUUCAAUACAAUGAUCUGCACAUACUUUGGGCAUAAAUUCAUAUUAAAUGCUCCCAUAUGGCAAUUAUGGACAAUAGCAUUUCGUCAUUGUAUUAAAUGAUCAUGAUAAAAGAAAAUUGAUUUUUUUUAAAUAUCUGAAAAUAACAUAUGACUAAAUUAUUCAUUUUAAUCAAUCAAUGAAGAAAAAGACGGUUUUUUCUUUUAUCGGAAUUUCUCGAGACUAAUUUUCAAACGAAUUGAUACAACAUACAAAUACCAAAUACAAAAAUAUUCGGUUGCUCAGAAUGAAAGGUUCGUUUAACGCAUACGUUAUUGAUAAUAGUCACCUUUUGUGAAUCCUAUUCUUCCUAGAUCAUGUAUACGUCUCCCAAUAUUAAAAUGUUUCACCGAAUAUGAUUAAAAUUCUGAAAAACUUUCGAUUCAGAAGUUUCAAGCGGCUCAAUUCAUACACAUUAUUCUACAUAGUGCACUGAUUGGCUUUUAAAAAGGUUACCGUUUGAAGGGAGAAGUAAAAUGGUACAAAAGAAACUCUUAUCACUCAAUUCGGAACAUCGACCUACUCUGAGUGAAUAUUUCACAAAGAAAGACAUAUUGAUUUUUGACUGGCUUUUAGUUAAAAAAAUUAUACUCGACAAGACUACAAAGACAUACGAUCGUAGUAUAAAUGUGUUUCACCAUGAUGCUAUUGUUAAGGACUUACAUGAUAACGUAGCGUUGCUACUUGUUUGGUAAGGUGUAGGUAUCGCAUUGUAGGACUAAGAAAAUGUUAAUUCAAGAUUUCACGAUUACCGCACGACAUUCAUGGUUGCCUGUGGUUAACGGAAAACAGUGUGGAUGAAGGCAGCAAUUAAUCUAACUAGUAAUAAUUAGAUCAUUUGAAUAAAGGAAGAAUAGAUUCGAUGCGAUAAAGGUUAUUGAAUAGCAAUCCAGAUACUAGAACAGAUAUUAAAUGAGACAAAACAUAAAGCAGUGACAGGGAAAAAUGAAAAAAAUACAUACUUAUGCGGACAUUUAUAUGUACACCCAUUUCUUGAAUGUUAGAAUCUAGAUGCCAAAACGUAAGAUUUAAAUCGAAUACUGAGUGGAGGUAACAAUUACUACGACAACAAUAAAUUGUUAUGAAAAUCGGAAAAAUGGGAUCAAUGACCAAAGAAAGCGAAUUAUAAAUCAUCCAAUAAUCAUCGUAUUAAACAAUUCAACAACAGAACACUAACUACUUAGACAUAUCCACAUUCAUGCACAGGGCAGAUUGCGAAAAACUAUCAAUUAAGAAUUGGAUUUCGGAACUGAAUGUAUUGACUGACGUAAGCUGUUAGAUCAAUAUGAUCAGAACAAUUAAUCUAUACUGCACUCACAGCCUCAUCACAUAUUGAAGUUGAAUUUAAAAUAUGGAUAAGAUUUUAAAAUGAUUAAUACUAUGUUUAUUAUUGAAAAGACAACUGAACUGAUAAGCUUCGGAAGCCGUUUAUAUGUUCCAUAUAAAAUUCGAUCUCCUGCUGAAACGAGCCUUUCAAGCACAAGCCUGUCAGUUUCCUAGUGGCCAAUGUGGUUUUAUCGGCUCGGAUUGCUUUAGUUCAGUUUUUUAAAUCUUACUUGGAGUAACCUCACGAAACCAAUCAUAUUUGCUCGAUUCAUGUUCGUUUAUGUUGUAGAUCCCAGCACAAUUGAGACAACCAGGACUGUGCUAAUUACUGGGAUUUUUUUUUUUGAAAAGUGGUUCACAACCUACACAAGUCUUAUGCAUGACAACCACCAUCGCAUGGACGAUCACUCGCCCAUUCAAUACAACACUAUAACAAAUUACAUAAGCGAUGAUUGGUGGAGUAAUGUGAUGAAAUUUUCUAUUGAUUUCAUUUCUUUCACAGAUAACGCAUAAAGGGCUGUGAUUUUAGUGGUAGAUGUCAGAAAAAAUAAAUGAUAGCGAAGCUUCAUUGCUAGUUGAGCAUAUUGAGCAUGGUUAAUCGUACCACAUGGAAUAUGUGUUGAAAUAGGAACAAAGAAUGAUAAGUAAUGGGCAAGAUAGGAAAAAAUCUGGAAGAGAAAAGAACUAAAAAACAAACACAAGGAACAGUAACACACCACCGGAUAGAAAGAAGUACAUAAUUUGUGUGUUUAACUACUGUUUGACAGAUUAAUAGGUUUCUUUUUGUGACCUUUCAGUGCUGGUUACGUUUUGCGUGGCUACGCAUCACUUGAGACAACAUAAUGUAGUUGUUCUGAAGUACAAUUAACAAAACAUACAAAACCAGAAAUUGCCUUCUAAUGGGCAAAGGGUGCGUAAAGGUACGUUAAUUGAUAGUAUAUUUUAUAUUCAGUAUUGACUGAAAAUUGGUGAAUUAUCGGAUUUAAAUUGUGGAGAUAGUCAAUGAUUUCGGACAUCAAUUCAGAUGGUCCAUGCAUUCCCGCUACACUGUAAUUUUACAACACAUAUGUUAUUAAUCGCAGAAUAAUGUCUUAUUGAAGUGCUCUUAACAAAGUAACAAUACGCGUUGCUUUCUCAAGUUUUUAUGAGAAUCGUUUUGUUCGUUCCACAUACUACUUUGUUUUUGACACCUAUUAUAAUUAAAGCAAUGGAACAGCUUUAUUGUUUCUAAUUUCCUUUACAAAUGGAAACAUGGACAAUUUAUCGCUUAGCGAGACUUGACUAUCUCCACAUAGGUCAUCUUUUCUAGUCUUCGACUUGUUAAAUCCAACCUUACAACAAAAUUAAAUAAAAAUUCAAAUUUUAAACACUAUUUGCAGAACGAAUAGUAAUGCAAUGGAACAUUUCAAUUGAACACAUACGAUUCUCAAUUGCAAUUGGCAUUUCAUUUGUGAACCUUCUCCCAUCAACAUAUGACAAAUCAAGAAGAAAGGAUGAGCUAAGUUCUUUUCCUUUCGACUACUGACUUUGCCAGCGACAAAACUUUUGCUCAAGGCAUCCUUGUCAACCAUCUACAGCAAACGCACUUUCUCAACCACAAUAAAUCGAAAGGAAAAAAAUACCUAAAACCCAUGCAUCUAUUCUCGUGAAUACAACCAUACGAGAUUAUCUAAACCACGUCCCUUUAUGUGUUUUAUGCUCUUAUUUUAAUAAACAUCUGUAGCAGUUAUUGAGCCUUUUUCCUAAUAAUUAUUAUCUUCAACACAAAAUAAAACAUAUGUUUAGCCUGUCAUAGUAGUUUCUACAAUGUCUCUGCUGAUUGAACAAAGAGAUGCUUUGGUAUGCAAGUGCACCCAGCAUGUAUUGUAGGUAGUAGAGUAAUGGUUAGACAGUACAAUAACUAAUGCAAGGCAUAACUAAUGCAAAAGCCCAUAUCUACCUGCAUGACCAAUUAACAUGCUGUGGCCAUUAAUUAUUUUUCAUUAUGCUUCGGAGUACGCAAUUGGUUCUUUGCUCAAUAGCAGCGUUUUGUAAGUGGUGUAAAACCUUUUGUAAUGGAAAAUGAGAAAUUAAAAUGAAACAAUAAGUUUUUCAAACAAGCGUUUCAGAGAGUAAAGGUUGACCGAACAUUCUAAAAUCUAUUUAAAUUUAUUAAUUUUGUCAAAAUAAAAGAACUGCUCUGCGUAUGAAGGUAGUUUGAAUUAUAGUAAUGGAAUAGAUACAACAGAAAAAAAUCAAUGAUGUUUCGAUUGUCCUGAUGUAGAUAUUCAGGGUUUUGUGAAAUAAUAUUCUAUGCAGUUCUUAUUACUAUGAUCCUAAGACAUUGUAGUCAAUUGUUUUCGAACAUAGGUGGUGGAGUUCGGUGCAGCAAUCGUGAUUAGUUGAUAAAAAAAAUUAGUUGUUGAGUGUCUUUUAGUACUGCAACCCGAAUAAAUUCUACGAUCGCAUUAAUGCAUGUUAAGCUCUGAAUUGGAUGAAAAAAAGCUUUAGUAUAUCAAUUGAGACUGAUUGGUUUGUUUGUUUUAAAGCUAGGUUUAUGCAUAUGUAUAAUCUUUAUUUUUACUGCAUGGAAAAAAUAAUCACAAAAUAUAAGAGAAUUGCGGGAUCAUAGUUAAAACACAAUAUUUAUUAAGAGUACUGUUAGUUUAUUCUUCGUAUUUUUAAUAUCGGAAACGGUAAAUUUAUUACUAAGUUCAUAAUAUUAUCACAUCACCAUAAGUUUUCAAUAAACAAAAGUGGCGCUUUUGGUUAAACUAUUGUUUUAUUUUUACUUCUCAUUAAAGGGAGACCAUGUUUUACGAAGACAACAGAAUCCCCAUGAAACUGUUUUAAUUCAUUUUAAAGUUUUAAACCUAAUCAGCCCAAUAAACUUCUUCUUUGAAUGUCUAAUAUGUCUCAUAAAAAUCAAUGUUAAACGGGAGCUAAAAGGAACCUCUACAGCGAAUCAAAUCUCUCAGUACUGACAUGAUUUUUUUGCGCUAUAUCAGAUUAUGAUACCUAAAAUAGAGAAUAACGAAUGGUUUCAUAUUAUUAAGCAAUUAAAAGAGAUAUGUCGUCUUGGUCAACAUAUCAGUUCUUCAUUUAAUGUAAUAACGAGAGCAUCACUUUUGCUGCAUUACCUUGCUGCAAUGUGCAUUUUCGCACAUAGCAUGACAAGAAGUUUUUGCGUUUACGCACUAGCAGUAAAAUUUAUGUGUUUUAUUAUUUAUAUUGAUGGUACACAGUGACUAUAUUUUCAUUUCGAAUGAUAACAUUUUCACUUAUAUUUUUAACAUUUGUAAGGAUGGUCAGACCGUAUGUUUCACUUUUACUUGUGUUUCACGCUAGCACAGCUAUAAUUGUGUGAUUUCCAAAUGAGGUAGUUCCUUAUUUCAUUCUACGGUAUGAAAGACAAAAUUUAAAAACGGCUAGAAAAGCAUUUGCUCAAUGACCAAUGUAUAAUUUGGAAAAAUAAUAAUAGAAAAGAAAGUAAUAAGCCUAGCAUAGAAAGCUAUAUAGGUAUUCAUCAGGAAGAGAGACAUGGUAACGUGAUGAAAUUCCAACUUGCCGACAUUCGCAGUCAAUAGUGACGUAUAGUGAUAUCUAGGCGUACUAUGUAUGAAAUAUUGAAGUGUUUUUCGCUCGUUUAAAAAUACGUACAUGUUUUUUAUGUGUCAAAAAGGCCAUUGCAAGAACGCCGGGUGAUGUGUACCCAAGCAUAGACUACAUAAGUUAGAUGCAAACACAUAUAUUAAUUUUUUUUAUUGAUCCUACACUAAAAGCUCAUGCGCGAUAGUUCUGAAAAGAUCCAAAAAUAUUUGCCCUAUUCUUUUGCAUGACAAAUUUGCUAGUCUUUACAUUUUUUUAUAUUUUUUCUAAAUUACAUUUAUUGUUGUUUGUUAACGAAAGACAACAGUAGGUAAAGCUACCGUUUCUGUUGCAAAUGGUUUAAACUGUUUUUAUUUAAUACUUGGAAACUUGGUUUUGUUGCGGCUAUUUGAAACGAACAAAACCGACAAAGACAUUUUCUGUUCAUUUGCCACACUUGAGCAUGUGUGAGCCAUACCGUGUGCAAUGUGUAUUCCGACGAAGAUGAAGACGAAUAAGAAGAGAAGAAGGAAAAGUCACAAAUCAGAUUACAGGAAUUUUGCAAACAUACACCUUGUGCAUCGGCACAUGCCUGCCCAUUUUUCGAUUGCUGAACUUUAAAAUAUAUAUAUAUUCGUUAUUAUCCAUGUAACCUCUAUGCAACAUAAGCAAUGUAAACAGUAACAUAUCUAUCCGCUGACAAAUUUAUUAUCUGCAGUAUAAUCCUUUACAGUGAACACCUCUACACCCAUAAUAACACUGCUAACGGAGAUCGGUACAAUAAUCCAAUUAAUUAACAAAGAGUCAGCAGAUUACAUUAAUGCAGUAAGUUUAAGCCUUAAAAAAUCAUUAUUUCGUGAUUUAUCAUCUUUUCUUCAGAAAAUCCUAGUUGUAAUUGCUUUUCAAAAGAAAUUUAACCACUCAUAAAAAAGCAGAUUCAAAAUAAAGAAUCAAAUUUCUGUUUGUCUUUGGUAAAAGCACGUUUUCCUUAGUUUAUGCGCACCUACGAAACAUGUAGAUUUUUUUAUUAACUAUUUUGCAACAUAAAUUGAAAAUAUAUAAAUCCACUAAAGAAGAGAUGCAUCAAUUCAUGUGCAAAAAUCGAUAGUGUUGAAAUAGUAGAAUACAAUUGUCAUUUUUAGGAAAUGACAUAAGUUGAAACAUUUACAUCAUUAAUGCAAAAUGCACCUAUUAGCGCAAGCAAUGUGAAGGCAGCGAAAAAGAAUCCGAUUAAAAAAACUGCAAAAGAUCCGAUAUAUCGACAUAAAGUCCGUUUUCUACGUGUUUUUUGGAUGCAUAGUGUUUGAUAAAUGUACUUUUCUAAGUGUUACAAAAUUAAUGCACCUCUCCUCAACGUACUUAAUUUAUUCAUCAACAUUUAUACAAACACAUUCGCUGGUUUAAAGAUAUCUUGAAUAUUCACAACUCAUUCGCAAAACACUGGAUAUGAAAUUAUGAGCGAUAGCCAUGUGUGUGCUCCAAUUCGAAACUCCCGUAUGUAUCGCAAGAAACGGAUACUCAUGCCAAAUUUCUUACACCAGAUUAUGUUUGGCUUUUUGGCGUUGUUUUCUGGCCUCUGUCCACCAGAUCAUAACCAGUACAACGGAGGGUGUUACAUUGAUUGACACAUUAAUGAUACCAUUAAGGCAGUAUAUACAAAUAGUAAUAAAAGGGUUUGAAUUUAGAAUGAAUUGAUUAAAACUGGAAGGAAAAUAGUAGUAAAACAAAAAAUAGGAAUGCAAGGCAAUCAUAAAAAAUAGAGCUUCUUUUUUAAAACAAAUUGAUAUGCAUGCAAAACUGGGUAAACAAAGCAA